AUGUGCAAGACAAUGGGCCCCGGAAAAGAAAAAUUCGCCCUCAUCACCGGCUGCGGCGAUGGAGGCAUUGGCCACGCGCUGGCCAACAACUUUGUCCAGAACGGCUUCGUCGUCGUCGCCACCCUGCUGCCCCACGAGUCUCGAGCCCAUCUGGAGCAUGCGAGAAUCCAUGUUAUAGAUCUCGACGUCACCAAGGAGGAGCAGAUGGUUCCUUUCAGGAACUCCCUGGAGGAGAUAGUAGGGGAUACACUUGACGUGCUGGUUAACAAUGCGUUAGUUUGCUACACCAUGACAGCGGCGGACACGGACCUGAGGCAAGUCGAAAAGAUGUUUGCCGUCAACGUGUUUGGGCCCAUGCGGCUUGUGCACCACCUACACCGCAUGCUCAUCGCCGCCCCGCGCGGCGUAGUCGUCAACAUUGGCUCCAUCGGAGGCGUGUGCCCUUAUGUGUUUGGCGCAUCGUACAAUGCCACCAAGGCAGCCCUGCACCACUGGGGGAACACGCUACGAGUGGAGAUGAGGCCUUUUGGCGUACACGUUGUCAAUAUCAUCUCAGGAGAGGUUGCAACCAACAUCCUCAAGAGCGAUGCUUGCGACAAUCGCGCCCUCCCCGAGGACUCCGUAUACGCACCGCUGGCGCAGCUGUUCAGGGACCAUGUAAACCGCACGCCCGAUGCCAUGUCACCCGACGACUACGCCCGCGGCGUUGUGGCUAUGGUGCAGAGGCAGUCGCUGCCUGCGUGGUUUUGGCACGGAAAUGCGACAGGUCUCAUUUGGACGUUGGAUACAUUUUUCCCGCGAACAAUAUGGGAUUGGCUCUUCACCCGAUGGUUCAAGCUGAAAAUCUUGAUCGGCACACAGUAA